AAUCAGUGACUCACAGUUCUAAGUGCUGGGGGCAAUUGAUUUGCUACUUGGAGGGGUUGUAAGAGGAGCCAGUGAGAAAGCAGAUCCCCCCCCUUAAAACACAGCUUUGCUGUGGAACCCCCCAAACCAUUCUACUAUCUUCCUCUGAAAAGACUCCAGCUGCCCCUCCUGGGCUCUCUGCUUCCACUGGGCACAUGCUGAUGCCCCUGAGUGGGCUGUUCUGGUGGUGGUGGUGCUGCUGCUGCUGUGCCUGGUACUGCUGUGGAUUGUGUGCCCCGGCUCCCCAGAUGUUGCGCCACCAGGGUCUCCUCAAGUGCCGCUGCCGCAUGCUCUUCAAUGACCUGAAGGUUUUCCUACUGCGGCGCCCCCCUCCAGCGCCCCUGCCCAUGCACGGAGACCCCCAGCCCCCCAGUUUGGCGGCCAACAACAACACCCUUCCGGCUCUAGGUGCCGGGGGGUGGGCAGGCUGGAGGGGCCCUCGAGAAGGGGUGGGCAGGGAGACCACUCCUCUGCCACCUCCACCACCUUUGCCACCUUCUUCUGUGGAAGAUGACUGGGGCGGCCCAGCCACAGAGCCACCUGCCUCGCUGCUCAGCAGUGCCUCCUCAGAUGACUUCUGUAAGGGGAAGGCUGAGGAUUGCUACUCACUGGGCAGCAGCCUGGACAGUGGCAUGAGGACCCCGCUCUGCCGCAUCUGCUUCCAGGGGCCGGAACAGGGGGAGCUGCUGAGCCCGUGCCGCUGUGAUGGCUCGGUCAAGUGCACGCACCAGCCCUGCCUCAUCAAGUGGAUCAGCGAGCGCGGCUGCUGGAGCUGUGAGCUCUGCUACUACAAAUACCACGUCAUCGCCAUAAGCACAAAGAAUCCUCUGCAGUGGCAGGCCAUCUCUCUGACAGUCAUUGAGAAGGUUCAGAUUGCAGCCGCCAUCUUGGGUUCCCUCUUCCUCGUUGCCAGUAUCUCUUGGCUCAUCUGGUCAACCUUCAGUCCCUCGGCAAAGUGGCAGCGCCAAGACCUCCUCUUCCAGAUCUGCUAUGGGAUGUAUGGAUUCAUGGACGUGGUGUGCAUAGGUCUCAUCGUGCACGAGGGACCCUCUGUGUACCGCAUUUUUAAACGGUGGCAGGCUGUCAACCAGCAGUGGAAAGUGAUGAACUAUGACAAGACAAAAGACCUGGAGGAACAAAAGUCAGGAGGCAGGACAAACCCUCGGACCUCCUCAUCCACCCAGGCCAAUGCCCCCUCCUCCGAAGAGGAGACCAUGGGCGCCCCUGGCCCUGAGGAAGGCCCUGCCCGGGCGGCCAGCCACCCCUCAGGCCCUGUGUCCGAUCACCACUGUGCUUACACCAUCCUGCACAUCUUGAGUCACUUACGACCUCAUGAACAGCGGAGCCCCCAGGGCGGGAGCCGGGAGCUUGUCAUGAGGGUCACGACAGUGUGAGGGGAGAGACCUGGAAAGGAGACCGUGACCAUGCACAGAGAUGGGGAGGCUGGGCCAGGAAGGAGCCAAGGCCCGGCAGGCCACAGUCUGGGGAGCAGGUGUGGGGAGUCAAAGUGGCAUCCCAGGGGCCGGAGCAGAGGGCUGGCAGAAGGUGGUGGGUCUUGUGGGGCCCUGGAAGCAGGGUCAGAGCUGGAGUGAGUGAGUUUGGUGUCCAGAGCGCUUUUCGUGAUUCUAAUCAGUCAACCCCCAUUCUCCAACAAGAGCAAGAAGAACCAGUACAAACUCAACAAGGAAGUGCAAUACAGCUUGAACGUAACAAAACACAAGGACAAAAGUCCCAGAUGUGCCCAUGCACAAAGCACCUGGGAGAAAAGGAGGCUUGGGGAGGGCGACGGUGAGUUGGUGGUGGAGGUGCCCCUGCGUGCACGAGCGGUGGGAGAAGAAAUGCAAAGAGGCAAAGAGUGUGCAAAGGAAAAGCACUGUAGCCUGUCUUGUUUUCCCCUUGAGUUUGUUUGUUUCUCCCUGGGCUGU